AUGUACUCUCUUCGAGCCGAACCCAAGCAUACCCAGCAAGCCGCUACCACGACGACCACAGUCACAACAGCUGGCGCGCCACCAGCGCUGCCUAUGCCAUCGAAUCUCCCGCAACCACAUAUCCAGACAACAUCGGGCGUCCCUCUACCAAUCGCGCCCGUAGAUCCAGCCGGUCUCUUCCAGUAUGGAUUCCCUGGCCCCGUCGCCGACGUCGCCUCCCGUUCGGCGCUCAUCUCCUCGUACGACCGCCGCCUGCGCAACCCUCACUGGGUGGUCGAGCACAUCACCCCCGCCUCGCUCGCCCUCCGUGAGGGCGACCGCAAGCACAGCUCCUUUACCGAAGACGAUGCCGUCCCGCAAAAGUUCCGCGGCGCACUGAAGGACUACUUCCGGAGCGGCUACGAUCGCGGCCACCAGGUCCCCGCGGCGGACUGCAAAUGGAGCCAAAAGUCCAUGGACGAGACCUUUUACCUGACCAACAUGUGCCCCCAGGUCGGCGAGGGCUUCAACAGGGAUUACUGGGCGCACUUUGAGGACUUUUGCCGACGUCUCACGGUCAAGUACCCCAGUGUCCGCAUCGUCACCGGGCCGCUCUAUCUGCCCAAGAAGGACCCCGUGGACAACAAGUGGUACGUCAAGUACGAGAUGAUUGGGUCUCCGCCCAGCAUCGCCGUGCCUACCCAUUUCUACAAGGUCAUCUUCGCCGAGGAUGGCCGGGAGGGUGGCAACGUGGCCCUCGGCGCCUUCGUCCUGCCCAACGCGCCCAUUGCCAACGACAAGCCGAUCACCGACUUUGAGGUCCCCGUCGAGGCGGUGGAGAGGGCGAGUGGGCUCGAGUUUGCGACCAAGCUCCCGGUGCAGAGGAGGAGAAGGCUCUGUGCAGACAUGACCUGCGCACUGGUCAUCCGGGACUACGCUGAUCGCCAGAAGGCGUUCGCCAAGGGGGACAAGAAGGCUCUGCCAUCACCAAGGGCUUGA